GUCUAGUAUUUUCUGCAAAUCUUUUGUUUGUAAAUCGCGUAGCGUUCGGCGUGCGCUCUGGAAAACCCGCGCUCAGCCUGGCACUGCGCGUCUGAGGGUGACGCCGUGUCUGGGCCGGGGCAGCACAGCGCUUCCCUUCCGCGGACGUUAACCGGGGAUUCUGGCAGAGCUGGCGAAGCCCGACUUAGUGGAGGAACACGGAGUUCGCCCUUGAGUUGUGCUGGCGGUGGUGUUGCCGAUGUUUGCCUCAUCCAUCAGAUGUUUUUAUUGACAACUAGUGCACGGGUAACAGUAAAAGUUACUAUAGAUGUCGUUGUAAAUCUGCUGCUUACAGAUGCUAACUGAAAAUGAAUAGAGACAAACAAAUCGAUGAAGAAGAUGAUGACAGCGAGCAGUUCGAAGACUUUACAGAGAAUUUUAACCAACUCGAACUGCUGGAGACACACAGGCAUUUGAUUCCUGUGGGAAGUCAGAGCUGUUGGUCAGGACAGUCUGAUGAUGAUGAUGAAGAACAAGAAAGAAGUGAGGAAUGGUACGAAAUGCAAGAAAAAAAAAUGGAAAAAAAUCCAGAGAAAUUGCUACUCUGGGCAGCUGAAAACAAUAGGCUGAGUACAGUGAAGAGGCUCCUUUCCGAAAAGCUGGCUCCAGUUAAUGCUCGUGAUGAAGAUCAGUACACUCCUCUCCAUCGAGCUGCCUACAGCGGGCACUUGGACAUCGCACAUGAACUGGUUGCCCAAGGGGCAGACGUUCAUGCGCAGACAGUGGACGGCUGGACGCCUCUGCACAGCGCCUGUAAGUGGAACAAUACAAAAGUGGCCGCGUUCCUACUUCAGCAGGGCGCAGACAUCAACGCGCAGACAAAUGGUUUACUGACACCAUUGCAUAUUGCUGCAGGAAACAAAAACAGUAGAGAAACCCUUGAACUCUUGCUGAUGAAUCGCUACGUGAAACCAGACCUGAAAAACAACUUGGAUGAAACUGCCCUUGACAUUGCUAGGAGGACUGAUAUAUAUCACUACCUUUUUGAAAUAGUAGAAGACUGUAUAAAUGCUGUGUCCCCUUAAAAGCUGUGGUUAAACUUGUGAACGUGAGGUUUGCUGCCUCUUGUUUGUGUUCUGCAUGCUCAUCAGUGGUGGUCUGUCCCUUUGCAACAAGGUUUUCAUGCAAGACACUUCAGUAUUCUCCUCAGGCAAAAUGUCACUUCUUGCAGCUCAGUGGUCUCGCCCAUACUUUUGAAGCGUUGCUACUGCUAUUCAAGGUAUUCGGAGAGUCUCGGUAAUUUCAGUGAGUCUCCAUUUAGUUAGUGCAAGUUUGGAGGGGCUUUUGUAAUUGGUCUAUACUGUCAAAGCAGGAGGGAAAACUGGAAUAUUUACUUGAUGUGAAAGAAUUCUGGCUUGGUUUUGCAGAGUUUAUUACAGCUCACUUGAAAAUUAUUUUUUGAGAAAUGUAACUUUUUUAAAACUGCAUGAAAGCUCAGAAUGAAUGUAACUUAUUUGGGUGAUACACAAAAUGUUUCGUGAUUCUGGUGUAAGGCUUAUUAUAAAAUAAAAUAUUUAA